ACAUGAUCAUCUGUUUGUUUGAAUGAGUGCUACAGAAAAGAAAUUUCUUUUCUGUUUUACAAAAAGCGGAACAAAAGAAUAAUUCCGUAUUAAUUUUGUUAUUAAACUGUUAUUCAAUUAUUGAUUGUAGGGCGUGUGUAAGAUUAUGGUUAUUAAUCUAGGUGUGUACGUGUUUGUGCAUACAUGUAGGUAUGUUCUGUCGACAUAUGACUGGUGUGUGUAUAUGAGUCGUUAAAGUAUACCUUGACACAUAACUCACUCACACACACACUCACGAACACGCACACAGGCGCAUUCUUAUUUGUCUUCACACUUAACAAUAAGGCGCUUUACACACACAAAACAUAUUGUGAACAUAUCCACCGGUAAAUAAGAGUUGACAUUACACCGGGAAAAUAACUCUACUCGACUUGACUCUAAUUUCUCAAAAACUUUCUUCUGGAUUUAUAUUCAUCAAACUUUAAUUCCUACAAAACAAACACAGCCAAAAAAUAUGGAUAAAACUGAAAUAAUAACAAAAACAGAUGAUAGCACAGUAGUUAAACGUAAAAAAUCCAGCAAAUUUGGUCGUUUUCUAUCACAUUUAAAGCGUAAAUCACACCAUACAGCAACCGCAACAUCAACAACAGAUAUGUCGAAAUCGAAAAUAUCUCUAUCGUCUGUUCAAGAACCAUCAACAGCAAGUAUUUCUUCAACAAAUACACAUCAUCAUACACAUGGUUGUUCAACAUUUUCAAAUUGGUUUAAUAAAAAUAAAGAGAAUGUUCAUGAUAAGAGAUCUUCAGUUAAACAUAAAAAGUAUAAAGAAGUUCAAGGAACUGUUAUUUUUGAUCAAACAACUCAUUCGGAUGUAUAUGACCGAAUUUUAAAGAACAGCAUACUUGGUACUAAAUUGGUUAAAAAAGCGGUAAUAUGCAAUCGAAAUUCUGGUGCUAUCAAUGCCUAUGGACCAGAGGACUUUACACCGUCUGUAGAACAAAUCAAUAAGUUUUUAAUGUUAUCGCAAGCUGAACGUGCAGAUCGUGUUAUUCUAGAUAAACACUUUGACAUUGGUAUGGAUAAAUGCUUGUACAAAGAUGUAGAAGAUGAUACAGGAGUACUGAUAGCCGAUGUAAUCCAGUAUUACACCAUACCAAAUGCAAAUGAACAUACUAAUACUGCUAGCAAGUAUGAAUUAGCCGGCCUAUUGACAAAGAAUUCAAUACUUAUUAGUAUCUAUGUUGCUGAGCAUAAAAUAAAAGAAUCUAAACAAUUAUUACUUGAAAUGAGAGAUUAUUUAGAUGCACAAGGAAUGUAAUUACACCUGUUUUCUUUGUUUUACUCUGUUAUACACUCAAAUUUUUCAUUCCAUGCUGUUUUGUUUAAAUAAUCUUCUUCGGAGGCGCGUUUUUUAAAUUUGAAUUAUGUUCUCUAUUAUAUGGUGCUUAUUUUCUAACCUGCUUAAUUUUUGUUUUUGAUAUAAUGCAUAAGUUGACAAAAUUUAUAUAUUCACGGGUGUCUGUGGUGUAUCAUUUCAUGUAUUUCACGUUAAAUUAUAUAAAAACAAAUUUUGUAAUGUAAAAUUCAUUGAAUAGACUUUUGUUUUAAUAAAGUAAAACGCAGUUCGGUUGUUCAGUUUGAUAA